CAAAAACUGCACAAAUAUUAAUAGCAGGUAAAUAUGGUCAUAUAUUAGAAAAUCUUGUUUGUCUUUGACAGUUGGCCAUAAAAAAACAACAAAAAACUGCUAGAAACGUGUGUUCGGUUUGUUUCUGACUGAUUUGACCGUUUAUUUGCUGAACUAGAUGAACUCCGACAGUCUAACCUGGGUACAUAAAGCUUUUACAACAAAUUUGUCAGCUGGUAUGGAAACUGAUGAAUCACUUUUCAACAUCCCGAUCAACCUGAGCAACUUCCCUGCCAAACUGUGGCGUCUAGUGAACAAUCCUCAGACGCAGUCGAUACGUUGGGACUCCAACGGAGAAGGAAUAUUUAUUGAUCAGAAGCUCUUUGAAGCAGAACUGCUUUCACCCACCAAUAAACACCUGGGCAUCUUGCCGGAUUUCUUCAAAACCAAAAACUUCGCCAGUUUUGUUCGGCAGCUGAACCUUUACGGCUUCAAAAAAGUAACUGAAGAUCAUGACAGUGGUUCAGUCAGAGACAGAGUCUAUCAUUAUCGCAAUCCAAAUUUCAAACAGGGUCAACCAGAGCUUCUUGCCAACGUACUGCGCCUCACAAGCAUCAACAAGGCCAAGCUAGAGGCCGGAAAAGAAGUCCACUCCCGUCCACCGAACCGCCUCAAUCGCCUGCUGCUCAGUUUACCAAGAGAAAGCACAGAAGUGAUGGGAAAUGUUCCAGGCCACCAACAUCAGUGGUUUAGGGGAAAAAACACAACUCCCCAUUACCAUCACUCUAACAGCCUUCAGCAGGUGAAGAAAUUAGACCGAACGCCUAUACCAGCUAGAACACUUACAUCAACACCGUGGAGAAAGGACACCGCUGAUGCUUCGUCAAAUUCCCCUGCAAACAAAGAAUAUCAGGGCUCGUUGAUUCACCACCUCUCACCAGACUGUCACUACUUGGGUCAGUAUAGUGGCAGGGCCAUGUACAUGGAGCCUGGCUUGCAGAGCAUGGUGGGUCCUGGAAACUACGGAGCCUUCCUACCUCAUCCCUAUGUGCCAGUGUAUCAUUCUUGUGCCUCAGGCUCUCUGGAUCCAGACUACACACACUUUCAUCAACCAGCUGUUUCCUACUCUCAUUAUGGCUAUUAUCCUACCUUUCAAGUCAACUAUUUCCACCCCAGCGUUCAGAAUCCAGCCCGACACCCAAGUGAUAUUGAAGAGCCCACGAAAAAUGACGUAAACCUAGAAAUGGUGUUCAAGAUAGCAGACGAGCUUCAGGGUUCUCCAGUCUUGUGCAGAGUCAAAGUGGCCACACCUGAAAAACACCUAAACACCUCAAGCACAGGGAGCUUGGUGCGACUUCGUGCGAUUGAUUCUUCACCCUACAAUUCUCCCGUGUGUACCACCAGGUCCUCCUUCACUUCAGUUUAUACCCAGCCUGGUGGAAUUUCCAUGAACGUACUACAGAAUGUGCCCUUAGAUAUUGCUAUUACAAUGGGUACGCCAUGUGGCGAAGAGCCAGGGUCCAACAGAGGCUUUAAACGGGAACAGGGCGAGUCAGAUGCAGUGGAAUCCUCUCAGAAGCUUCUUUGAGCGUCCAAAUAGGAGAAAAUCAGAUGGCGCUAAAUCCAGACCAUAAGCUCUCAGUGUCUCAGACAUGACCAAUUACUCCUCCUCCCACCAUCACCGUUUCCAACCAAAAUAUAAAAGUGCAGAAACUUGAUUUAUAGAAUAAACUGAUUUAUUAAAUCGGA